AUGUCCAGUAGCAUUCCAGUUGCGUCUGGGUCUCGUAGUCUUUUGUCUGGGGUUCGUACUCUGGGUAUAAAUACGAUUUCUGGGUAUUUUGUUGACGAACUUUUGAUCGGAGAUUUGGGGAUUACGUUCGUUUCUUUUCGUCUUGUUUCUUCUGUAUGUUCCAUGGCAGGAAUGGAGAUGUUCAGAGAAGGUGGGUCCACAUCACGACCCCCAAUGCUGGAAGGUGCUAAUUACCCAUACUGGAAAACCAAAAUGCGAGCAUUCUUGAGGGCGGUGAAUGAAAGAGUUUGGAUGGCCAUUGAAGAUGGUUGGACAUGCCCAACGAUGAUGGAUAGCGGUGUCACCAAACCAAAACCUACGAGCUUGUGGACUCCAGAUGAGAUGGAGAGGGCCAAUUUUAAUUCGAAGGCCAUGCAUGCUUUGUUCAAUGCAGUGUCCACAAAUCAAUUGAAGGUCAUUGCAAACUGUGAGAUGGCCAAAGAGGCUUGGGAAAAACUACGAAUUAAAAAUGAAGGAACGGAUGCUGUAAAGAAAUCCCGUCUUCGUGCUUUGGCAAAAGCGUUUGAAGAUUUAUCAAUGGAGGAAGAAGAAACGGUGGCUGAGUUCCAUGCUAAAUUGUGUGACAUAUCAAAUGAAUCUUAUGCUUUGGGAAAGACUUAUUCUAAUGCAAAGCUGGUUCGUAAAGUCCUUGGAGUUCUACCUAGGAGAUUUAUGUCUAAAGUAACCUCCAUUGAAGAAAUGAGAAACGUGGAGGAACUGGAUCUUGAUGAACUGAUUGGAUCCUUGCAGAAUUAUGAAAUGUCAUUAACAAGGUGGAAGAAAGAAAAAAAGAAGAUGGAUGUGAACAAAGAAAAAGGGGACAACAAUAUUGCGUUCAUUCACAAAGAAGAAAAUAAGUCUAUCCCAGAUUUGUCUGCUGGUUUCUCAGAUGAAGCUGUAGAUUUGCUGACCAAGAACUAUGCAAAAUUCUUGAAAAAGAAGUACAAGAAACAGUGUUCUGAAGGUAAGGAAAAUGCUUCCAAAAGAAAUCCUCUUGGGAACUUCUGGCAUGGUCAGCAACCCAGUGACAAUAAGAGCAUGGGCAUUCAGUGUAGAGAAUGUGAUGGGUUCGGACACAUUCAGGCCGAGUGUGCUAACACUCUCAAAAAGAAGAAAGCCCUUGUUGCCACCUGGAGCGAUAGUGACGAAGAAAAAGACUCUAUUGCAAGCAAAAGUUCUAAUGAGGAUAAACAGGUAGUGGCUUUCAUGGCUCAAAGUCAUCAGUCUGUUGAAUCUGAGGAUGAUGGAGUCUCCACUGUGUCUGAAGUCGACAGUAAUGGAAGACAAAAUGCAUAUGAAGAGAUGUUUGCUCAAUGGGAAUAUGUGACCAAGCAGAUUAUAGGUCUGAAUAGUGCCAAGGAGCAGAUAGAGUCUGAAAAAGUCAAGCUGGAGGACACUGUUAAGAAUCUCAACAAACUUCUUGAUGAGAAGGACAAUGAGAUCUACAAGCUUUCAGCUGAACUCAUAAGAGCUAAACAGGCUUUAGAGUUUAUCCCUCCAGGAACGGUUGCCAUCAAUCAAACUCUUCAACUUCAAAAACCUUAUGGUGAUCGAACCUCUAUCGGAUACAAGAUGUUGUAUAAGCAAGGAGAUAACUUGGGGGUAGAAGAGUCCAUUACACCAGUGAUCAACCUAGACAAAAAGGGUGACAAUCAAUCAUCAUUUCCCUCGACACCUCAGUCCUCAGACCCCACUAGAAAAUUCCAUGUUCCAUCUGGACCUACCAAGGUGAAGUUAGAAGGAAGAAGAAUUGCCCCGGAGAAUAUAUCUCAGAUGGAGAGAUUCAUCCCACUCAAGUUUCACUUUGUACGCAUUUACGGAAGGACAAAGUGGUACUUGGAUAGUGGUUGCUCUCGACACAUGACGGGCAACAAGAAAUUGUUAGUCAAUUACAAAGAAGCAAAGGAGGGAGUUGUCACUUUUGGUGAUGGAAAUAAGGGCCAUAUUAUUGGAAAAGGAGACUUGGUGAUGAGUAGAGCUGCACCUCUUACUGAAGUACUGUAUGUGAAAGGACUCAAGGCAAAUCUGAUAAGCAUCGGUCAACUUUGUGAUGCAAAUUACACUGUAAGUUUUUCUAAAACUCAUUGUUUAGUUUCAUUUGAUGGGUGCUCAGUCUUAACAGGGAAGAGAUCUAGUGAUGGUAGUUAUUUGUUGGACAAUGUUCUCCUAUGUAAUAGUGCAUCAUUGGAUAAAUCAGAUAUUGGAGACUUUACUGCUAUUCCAAAAGUUUUAACCAAAAGAAAUAAGAGUGUUAAAUCAUCACCUCGUCUUUCAAGAGCUCAUUCACUAUUAUUAGUGCUAUGGUAUGGUCUUCUAAACCUUAUACUGUUGAAUCUUGGGUUUAAACAAAGAAAUGAUGAUGUUUUUGUCCUAGUGUAUGCUGGUUUUGAUCAUGUUGUACAUCGUACUCCCUUGCUUCAAAAGAAAUAUGAUGCACACAUGAUAUGUUGUCUAGUGUUCCUCAUUGCUUGUUUAUGUGUCUUCAUGUGUGAUAAUGAUAUUUCCACAAACAUUUCUCAAAAUGCACGUUGA